AUGCAGAAGAGUUCCAAGACGCGACACCAACGCUCGAAGAAGGGGCGGAAGGAUUCGGACUACCGGACACCACCAUCGGACUUGCCAGGGCAGCCACCGCCGUCGCAGCCCUCUCAAGAGUCGCAGACCAGCAGCGCUGUGAAGCGGACUAGGUUGUCACACCACAGGUCCCGGGUGUCGACGGCGGCGCCAACGGUGCAGUCUGCAUCAAAGGUACCUGCAGCCCCCGCAUCGUCGACCAUGUCCUCUCCGUUGCUGCCGCUUACUUCCGCUUUGGCGUCAAUGGCUGCAGUCGGACCACCGCCUCUGCCCCCGGCAACGACCGUCUUUGCUCCCGCAUGUUCAGAGCCUGCAGCCCUCACUUCGCUGUCAGCGCCUCGAACACCGCGGGCACCGGUGUAUCCGAAGCAGUCGAUUCCUUCAGCGUGUGAAGCGUUGCCGCGUCAGCAAGUGCCACCCACGGACUCGCAGGGCGCCGAACGGACCUUUCAAAUGGGGGCCUCGUACCAAUCGGCUGUGACACGAAGAGCAUCCUUGCGGCAGCUGAAGGAGCUGCGGUCACUGCGAUCACAGAACCUAUCCGGUGACUGGGCGAAAAAGGGUCAGCAGCUUCAAUCGCCCUUGCUUUCCCGUCCUCGCUCCCCUUCUAUCACGUCUCCGCAACGGAUAAUUCAGUCGUCGCAGGAGCAGCACCAAACCGUUGGCGCAGAUGCGAACAUUGCACCAGGCAGUUUAGGGUCCGAGGAACCUCAGAGAGAGCAAGGCCGACCGUUGAAGCCCAGUUGGCGAGAAGAGCAGCGUGACUUACAGGAGAGCAUGUCCAUCUUCCAAAGCCGGCGUUCCCUGUCGCGCACUUCCCUCAGCAUGCCACACGAACCUUCGCAAUGGCCACCGGCAACGACUGUGGGCUUAGGAGCCAGCUCCUGGCGGCGCGAACAGGCUUCGCAGCUUGUCGGCAAGCACGGACCCUUUCAGACGACCACGUUCUACUUCGUUCUACUAGCCGCCUUCGUGCUGCCCUUUCACACGUUGCCGCUACAGAUCGUUCAGAACAAUAUCGACCACUGGUGCGCCAGGCCCACUAACUUGCGUAACUUGUCGGUGGAGCAAUGGAAGCAUCUGAUGCUUCCACGAACUGAAGGCGGCCGUUACAGUCAGUGUCGCAUGUACGCAGAGCUCAACACUUCAGGCGUUGCCACAGUGCCAUGCACGCACUGGGAGUACGCACCCUCCGCCUAUGGGCGCUCCAUCGUCCAGGACUUCGACCUUGUGUGUGAGCGUGCCUGGUUCUUGCCGCUCAGUUGCUCUGCCUUCGCGAUGGGCUCCAUCUGUACGCUGGUCGCAUCGGGGCCUCUGGCCGACUGGUUGGGCCGAAAGCCAGUGAUACAAUUUUCGACAGUUAUGCUGCAGGCAGCUGGAGUGGUGAUAUUGUUCUCGCGUAUCCUGAACAGCUUCCUUGCCAUGCGCUUCCUGCUAGGCGCCGCCACCAGCACCCUCUUCAACACCAGCUUUGUGCUGUUGGUAGAAGUACUGGCACCGGAGACUCGCACGCUUUAUUCCAUGGCGGCGAUGCUGGGAAAGGUGUUGGGGGCCAUCAUAGUCGGCGCUUUGAUGUGGGCGAAGUUCAGCUGGUACACGUUGCAGGUUGUCACCAUGUUUCCCUACCUCGUGAUGUUGCGUAUGUUCACGCACCUAGUGGAGUCCCCUCGCUGGCUUUUGGCGAGGGGAAAUUUGGAAGAUGCUGAAAUGGUCAUCAUGCACGCGGCUACGAUCAAUGGCGAGAACUUGUUCGAAGUGCGCCAGCAGCUGGCGCGUGCGCGGCGCGAAGCCGAGCGGGCCGAGCGGGCCGAGCCUGCCGUUGAGGGCGGCUGCUUCGGCACGUUACGUGUUCGAGGCCGCUGGAGGAACAGCAUCAUCCUCUGCUACCUCUGGACAGUGACUGCGUUCGCUUCGCAAGCGGCCUCGCUGAAAAUUCACUACCUGGACUUCUACCCUGCGGCCCUGCUCGCACUUUCCUCGUUGCUCUCGUUUCCGACCGAGCUGGUCGCAAUCGUGUCCGCCGCGCACCUCGGCCGCAGGGCUUCCCAGUCGACCGCACUGGUGCUGGCCGCCGCCUGCUGCUUCGUAGCCGCCUAUCUCGCCGACGACAGCGUGGGUCGCAGCGCGGCGCUUCUGCUCGUGACGAGCGUCAGCGUGGACGCGUCGCAGGCCAUCGGCACCCUGUACAACGAAGUGUACCCCACGGUGGUACGCUGCUCUGGCAUAGCGCUGUGCACGUGCUUCUCGGCGGCAGCCAGCGUCGCCACGCCCGUCGCUCUGUACCUGGGCAUCCUGCCGACGUCUUCGGUGCCCUUGGGCUUCGUGUCUCUAUUAUGCGUAACGGCAGCGUACCUUGCGAUGCGUUUGCCGGACACCAAAGAGUCGAGCGCUCUUUCGGAUCAAUUUCCGGACUUGGGAACGUCGCCACCGGAAAGCGCACCCGCUCUCGCUGACACCAACAGUCCGUCGCGAGCACGUCGUUUGCGCGAUCAGCUACGUCCAAUGGGGAAGCGCUGA